GAAAAAAAAAAGACGAAAUUGGAAAACCCACUGUCAACUCUCAGAAACAAGCAAAUCGAACGAGAAUCAAUCCAAGAGCAAAACUAGAUUCUGUUCACUUGUGUUUCUCUUUGUUUCAAAUUCUCCGAUUCAACUCUGCGAGAGUCUGUCCUCUUCGAUCGGUAUAUCCCACUUCGCUGAUUUCUCAGCUGCUGGACACAGGGUUUGCUGCCAUGCAGUUUUUGACUGUUGAUGCCAGAUAAAUGGUAAACAGUACAGUGGAAGUUUUACUUGGCUUGUUGGGUCUCUCUGACAUGAGAAAACUACGUGACUAAUUGAAGCCGAGGCUAUUACUGAUAAGGAGGAAUGGAGAUUUUAUUACUAAAAGUGCUUCUCAACAACAUCUCCAGCUUUUUCCAUUUAUCAUCACCAGAGAACAUAAAUUCUGAACUGGUGCAUAAAUAUUACCAGAAGACUGAAGAUAUACUGAAGCUCCUACAGCCAAUUCUCAGUGGUAUUGUUGACGCUGAAAUAGCUUCUGAUGAACUGCUUCAAAAGGUAUUUUCAGGACUGGGCCAUUCAGUUGAUGAGCUGAGGGAGCUGUUUCAGACCUGGCAGCUGUUGAGCAGUAAAGUUUAUUUUGUUCUGCAAGCUGAAUCAUUAAUUGGAAAAGUUCGAGCUUUCAGCCUGAAGAUUGUUGAGCUACUUGUAUCUUCUGAUUGCUGUCUUCCUGCUGAAUCAAGUUUGACAUCUCUUGAGGACUCCAUUUUGAACUCCUGGUGGGGAUGCCUUAUUCAUGAUUUGCAGAACUGUGUACUGAAAAUCAAGUCUAUGGAUUAUGAAUUAUUAUCAGCAACAAUCACAAAAGCCAUAAAAAAUCAUGUGGAAGGUUCUGGAGCUAGCUCAGAUAACCUUACAAAAAUUGCAGACUGCUUGAGCUUAAAGUCAAACCAGGAGCUCCUUAUUGAGCUAGUGGCCCUUGAAAAAUUGAAGGAGAAUGCUGAACAAGCUGAAAAGAAUGAGGAGGUUGAAUAUAUUGAACAAAUUAUUGCUCUUGUUACUCAUAUGCAUGACUGCCUCAUUAUGAUGAAACAGUCCGAGAGUUGUACCUCCGUGCAGAUACCUGCUGAUUUCUGUUGUCCUCUCUCACUUGAGCUCAUGACAGACCCUGUAAUUGUUGCAUCUGGACAAACAUAUGAACGGAACUUUAUUCGAAAAUGGAUUGAUCUUGGCCUCACUGUUUGCCCUAAGACAAGACAAACUCUGACCCACACAAAUCUGAUUCCUAAUUACACUGUUAAGGCGUUGAUUGCAAAUUGGUGUGAAUUGAACAAUAUAAAGCUGCCGGAUCCAAUAAAGUCUUUGAACGUGAACCAACCUUCAUCACAUGUAGCUCAUGUGGAUUCUGGUGCACCCAGGGAUAUCCAUAUCUUCUCUCAUUCAAGAGCCAAUAACUCCACAUCACCUGACUCAGCUCACUGUUUAGAUUCCCCUAGUGCAAUUCAAAGAGAGGAGUCAUCUCCCUCUCAUCCCCGUUCAUCAUCGGAGGAAUCUCUGCCUGGAAUUGCAGGUGAUGAUCUGCGGUUGGAUGUUGAGAGGAUGUCUCUUGAGGGUUCUGAAGACAGGUUGGCAAACUCAGGGGAUAGGAGCAUGAACUCUGUCAGUCAUUUCUCUAUGCCACUAUCCAUGAACAGCGUGUCAUCUGCUGAUGAAAACUCCCAUCAGGGCCAUAAUCGAACUACCUCUGCACCAAGUACGCUGUCUAAUUCAAACUUUUCACGUGCAAAUGCUCAUGAUGGAAAUGAAGUGUCUUCACCCACAACAGCUUCUACUGAAGCUUCCAUGGAGGUUGCAUCAGAAUCCCGGCGCGCUGCAACCUUGGCUGCUUCAAGGAGAGAGUCCGAGUUUCCAUCCCCAGUUGGGACAAGACUUCGUCCUCCAGCGAUCUGGCGCAGACCAUCUGAGAGAUUAGUUUCAAGAAUAGUUUCUUCCCCUACUGUUGAAACAAGGGCUGAUCUUGCAGAAGUUGAGGAGCAAGUUAGAAAACUGAUUGAGGACUUGAAGAGCACUUCCAUUGAUCAACAGAGAAAUGCAACAGCUGAACUCCGGUUACUUGCCAAACAUAAUAUGGACAACCGGAUUGUGAUUGCAAAUUGUGGUGCUAUCAGCUUGUUGGUUAACCUACUGCAUUCAGAAGACAUGAAAGUACAGGAAAAUGCUGUCACAGCACUUCUAAACCUGUCAAUUAAUGAUAACAACAAGGCUGCAAUUGCAAAUGCUGGUGCAAUUGAACCUCUGAUUUAUGUACUUGAGACCGGGAGCCCUGAGGCCAAGGAAAACUCUGCUGCCACUCUUUUUAGCCUCUCUGUUAUUGAGGAUAAUAAGAUUAAAAUUGGCAGGUCUGCAGCAGUACAGUCUCUUGUUGAUUUACUGGGAAAUGGAACUCCUAGAGGCAAGAAAGAUGCAGCAACAGCUUUGUUUAACCUGUCAAUACUUCAUGAAAACAAGGGCCGCAUUGUGCAGGCAGGUGCAGUCAGACAUCUUGUAGAGUUGAUGGACCCUGCUGCUGGAAUGGUUGACAAAGCAGUUGCUGUUUUGUCAAAUCUUGCUACCAUUCAAGAGGGAAGAAUGUCAAUUGGUCAGGAAGGAGGCAUACCUAUUCUAGUUGAGGUUGUGGAGUUGGGAUCUGCAAGAGGUAAGGAGAAUGCAGCAGCUGCUCUCCUGCAAUUGUGCACAAACAGUAGUAGGUACUGCAAUAUGGUUCUCCAGCAUGGAGCUGUCCCUCCAUUAGUAGCAUUAUCCCAGUCUGGCACACCCAGAGCGAGAGAAAAGGCUCAGGCACUUCUCAGCUACUUCAGAAACCAACGCCAUGGUAAUGCAGGCAGGGGCUGAUAUUUUAGUUUGAGCUCUAAAGCACAUACUGAUGUUUAGGUAAGAGAUUGUAUGGUGUGUGUAAAUCUCAUGUUAGGAAUAAUUUAAACAGAGGUCAUAUUUCAUUACCCACACAGAUACGUGGGAUCAGGAAAAAAAGAGAAAAGAACGAGCUAUAGUCUUACAGAGAGAGGCUUUAUUGAUUCCAUCUAAAAAAACUUUGGUGAAUGUGGAGGGAAUUUUAUAGCAGUAAGAUUGAACUUGUUUAGUUUCAGUACAGAAAGUUGUAUGUAUUUUUCUGUUUCAUUUAGCAAAUCUUAUGCUUUUUUGGCAAUAACUGAACAUCAAGAUGUCUGUCUGUGCACCAUAGAAAUGUGUUUAUGCAAUGCAGUUUGCCUCAUUGCCAUGGAGAGGGUUUUGUU